CUGGGUGUAGUUGUCCCAGAGCUGCUCUGUCCUGCUGCCCAGCCUGGGUGUAGGUGUAAAAGGCCGAGUCCCAGGCCCCUGUAAUUUGAAAUUUGUCAUGUAGGGUGUAGUUGGAGUCUAGCGGGUGUUCCUAGAUGGAACUUGGGGUGGCACUGGGGACACCUGGGGUGGCACUGGGGACAUUGGGGGUGGCUCUGGGGACAUUGGGGUGGCUCUGGGGAUGGGAUCCUGGGUUUUGUGGUGUGUCCCCUGAGUGUCCCUGAUUGUCCCCAAGCUGUCCCCGAGUGUCCCCUGAUGUCCCCUGGUGUCCCCAAGCUGUCCCCGAGUGUCCCCGAGCUGUCCCCUGAUGUCCCCAGGGCUGGAGUUGCCGGUGGCCACCACUCGUCCCGAGACCAUUUUUGGUGACGUGGCCGUGGCCGUGCACCCGCGGGACCCGCGCUACCUGGGCCGGCAGGUGAGGCACCCGUUCAGCGGGGCCCUGCUGCCCGUGGUGAGCGACCCCAGCGUGGAGCCCCAGCGCGGAGCCGGUGCGGUGAAGGUGACCCCCGGGCACAGCCCCCAGGACCUGGCUCUGGCCCGGGUCCAUCGGCUGCCCCUGCCCUGCGUCAUCGGGGACGAUGGCACCUUGUGUCCCCCGGGGGGGGGGCUGGCUGCAGGUCCCCGUGACCACCGGGGGGUCUCGGGGCUGUUCCUGCACCCCGAGUUCAGCCCCGGCUCUCGGCGUCACCGGGGGGUCCCCGAGUUCUACGACUUCGCCGUGGCCCUGCUGGAGCUGGAGCGCCCCGAGCUGCUCCCCUCCGUGGGGCUCUCGGCCUCCUCCUCCCCCUCCCUGCUGCGCCCCCCUGGCCCCCCCGGCGAGGGGCUGAGGGGAGGGGGCUGCAGUGUCCCCUUCUGGCCAGAGCUGCUGACGACCCCCCCCGGGAUGAAACGGGGGGUGCAGUUCCAGCCCCGAGGUAGGGGAGGGUGGCCGUUGAAGCCGGAUCCGUUCCAGCAGCGCGCGGCUGUGCCUGGAGCGCGGUCACUGCUGCUGGUGGCCGCUCACACCUCGGCCGGCAAAACCGCGGUGGCCGAGUACGCCAUGGGGCUGGCCCGGCGCCACAUGACACGGUCCAUCUACACCUCCCCCAUCAAGGCUUUGUCCAAGCAGAAGUUUGGGGAUUUCCACGACACCUUCGGGGACGUGCGGCUGCGCCCCGAGGCCGCGUGGCUGGUGAUGAGCACCGAGAUCCUCAGGUCGAUGCUGUCCAACGGCUCCGACGCCAUCCGGGACCUGGAGUGGGUGAUCUUCGACGAGGUUCACUGCGUCAACGACGAUGAGAGGGGUGUGGUGUGGGAGGAGGUGCUGAUCCUGCUGCCCGAGCACGUGAAGCUGGUGCUGCUCAGCGCCACCGUCCCCAACGCCCUCGAGUUCGCCCAGUGGGUCAGUCGCACCAAGCGUCGCUGUGUCCGUGUUCUGAGCACCCCGCGCCGCCCGGUGCCGCUGGAGCAUUUCCUGUUCACCGGGAACAGCGCCCGGAACCGGCACCAGCUGUUCCAGCUGCUGGGCCCAGGGGGGGCCUUCAGCACCCAGGGGUACUACGCGGCGGUGGAGGCCAAGAAGGAGCAGAGGAGCAAACACGCGCAGAGCUUCGGGGCACGGCAGCCCACCAUGGGAGCCCCCAACCCUGGGCAGGAGCGUGGUGUCUGGCCGUCCCUGCUGCAGACCCUCCGUGAGCGGGAGCUGCUCCUGGCCGUCACCUUCACCUUCUCCCGUGGCCGCUGCGAGGAGCAGGCGGCCGCCCUGGGCUCCCUGGAGCUGCUGAGCGGCGCCGAGCGCGCCCAGGUCCGGCACUUCCUGACGCGCUGCCUGGCCCGGCUGCGCGGCUCCGACCGGCGCCUGCCACAGGUGCUGCAGCUGUCGGAGCUGCUGCAGCGCGGCAUCGGCGUCCACCACGGCGGGGUCCUGCCGCUGCUCAAGGAGGUGGUGGAGAUGCUCUUCAGCCAGGGGCUGGUGAAGGUGCUGUUUGCCACCGAGACCUUCGCCAUGGGGGUGAACAUGCCGGCGAGGACCGUCGUCUUCGACUCCAUCCGCAAACACGACGGGAAUGGCUUCCGGGAUCUCCUGCCCGGCGAGUACACGCAGAUGUCAGGGCGCGCCGGCCGCCGCGGGCUGGACACCACCGGCACCGUCAUCAUCCUCUGCAAGGGAGCCGUGCCCGAGCUGUCGGAUCGGCACCGCAUGAUGCUGUGUCACUGCCAUGUUCCCACCGUGUCCCCCGAUGGCUUCGGCUCCCAACGGUCGCUCCCCGGCGCUGGGUCCAGAGCGGCCCGAGGAGGGGAUGCUCUGUGUGCCGGAACAGUGAGAGAGGCAGGGUUCCUGGACGAGGUGACCCAGGACAGCUUCGUGCUGGGCCCGGGCUACGACCGCCCCUAG